CCACUUUUCAUUUAAGCCAAGCUCUUUCAAAAGAUUUCUAUGCGAGGCUGGGAGCGUUAGGAGGGAGGGUAUCAACUUCAUCAGCGGCUAUGCAGCAAAUAGCUAGCUUGAAUUCUUAUAGUAAGGGUUGACUGGUUAUGAUUAUGGCGUACGUUUUUUAAGUAUUGCAAUGAGUGACAAUAGAGGGCCAGAAUUUGGGGAACUUGGGGAGGGAGAUUUUGGCGUGGGAGAAGAAGAAAGGGAAGAAUUUGGGGCUAUAAAUGAAGCAAGAGAAAGGGAUGAAAAUGAAUAUGGCCAACAGGAGGGGGUCCAUUCCGUGAAAGAUCUCAGGGAACCGAUUUCAGUGUCAUCCUCGAACAAACGAGCUAAAGAGAUGUCCAUUGAUCGUCUCAGCGCAUUGCCCAAUUCUUUACUCAUUCAUAUUCUCUCCCAACUUGAUAGUGGUGAAGCCGCUACUCUUGCUGUGUUAUCUCGAAGGUGGCAAUAUCUUUGGACUGAAUUGCCUGCCUUAGACUUUUGGGAGACCCGGAAACCAGUAGAUUUUGUGCCUUGGGUUCACAGGACUCUUCUUCUCCGUAGUGGAAUUUAUUUGGAAAGGUUUAGGGUUUUCUUCAGGUACAAUAACUGCUUUGCUUCUGAUGUAAAUGCUUGGGUUCAUUUUGCUGUCAAACAUAAGGUGAAAGAACUCGAUUUAAUGUUACAAUCCGAGGAACACUUCUAUAUGCUUCCUCAAGAUUUGUUUUGUAAUUCGGGUUUGACAUCCUUGUUCCUGGAAAGAUGCAUUUUGGCUCCUCGUAGAACAAUAGAGUGGCAAUCUUUGUCUCAUCUGCGGAUUAAAAGUGUAGAGUUAUGUGAGGAUGUGAUUCAAAAUAUAUUAUCUGGUUGUCCAGUUCUGUAUUCUUUAAAUCUGUCAAGAUGUUGGGGAUUCAAAUUUCUGGAGGUCAACUCUCGAAGUCUUGUUUCACUUGGUGUAUCAGUGUGUGGAGAUAAAAUGAGUAAGCAUUUGGUUGAAAUCUCAGCACCCUAUAUUAAGAUGUUGGAUAUCUCACUUCAUCCUUCAAGAACAAAGAUGCAGCUCAACAACAUACCAUCUGUUACUGAUGCUGAUAUUAAUUACACUGUGCCUCAUAGCUCUGUGGAAGUGAUGAAUAACACCAUGGAACUUCUUGAAAUGCUUCAGCAUGUCAAAGUGUUAGUCCUUGGAUAUGGUGUCAUUGAGGUUCUAUCAGAGAUGGUGGUGCAUGGUUGGCGGCUUCCAGAAUCUAAGCAAGAUUGUUUGGUAAUAGAUACAUGGAGAGAUGGUGAUAGCAUUCCUGCCAUUGUAGGCCUACUUGAAUCUUCCUCCAAACUAGACACAUUGGUCGUACAGUGUUGUGACUCCUAUGAGGAAUCUGUCACGACUUGGGGACCACCGGUGAAAGAUGAUCUAGUUUGUGACCUGUUGCAUCUAAAGGUGGUGCGUUUUAUAGGUUAUGCAAAUCCAUAUCUUGCUGGUGAGCCAAUGCUAACAUUGGCUAGGAUUUUGCUUAAGAGAGCUACGGCCUUGGAAAAGAUGGUGAUCGAUAAAGAAGAAGAUUUGACCAAUUUCCCUUCAGAUGUUUCCAAGAUAGUUGGAACUGUAUUAAGUUACUCAAGAUCCUCAGAAAAAGCCAUAGUCGUUCUCCACGAAUGAUCUCAGGCAAAAAGGCCAUACUCAUUUUCCAAUGGAGUUUAUUUGUUGACUGUUGUAUUCUGGUUUUAAGUUCAUUGUUUACAAAUUACUCAAGUGUUUUUAACUGUUUUGAACUCUUAUUUAUUUAUUUAUAAUAUCAUAGCAAAACUUAUUUGGCUAUAAAAGUCUCUGUUUAGUACAACUUGUACUAGUGUAAAAUUUGUCUUUUAAUCCAUUUAUCAAUUGCUGUCUUAGUAC